CCGGGCUGAACAGCUGCUUCCUGGUUCUCCACGUGCUGCCAGCAGCGCUGGAGCUGCCCGAGCCGGAGCGGAGCCGCUGUUCUCAGCUGCAGCCAGGAUCUGCCCCCGGCCCCGCUGGGAUCCAGACAGGCUGCAGAAUGUUUUGCUCCAGCUCAUCCCAGCCUGGCGUGGGACAGGGAAGAGAAAUGGCUGCAGUGGAGUCAGUCCAGGGGCUGGUGACCUUCAAGGAGAUGGCUAUGUAUUUCACCAGGGAAGAGUGGGCUCUGCUGGACCCCACUCAGAGAGCCCUCUACUGGGAUGUCAUGCAGGAGAACUAUGAGACUGUGACCUCGCUGGGCCAGAGAAUAACAUCCAUGUUUCGCUGCAGAUCAUCUCGUCCUCCCAGGGGCAAGGAAAUGGCUGCAAUGGAGCUGGCUCAGGGGCCGGUGACCUUUGAGGAGGUGGCUGUGUAUUUCACCAGGGAAGAGUGGGCUCUGCUGGACCCAGCUCAGAGAGCCCUCUACUGGGAUGUCAUGCAGGAGAACUAUGAGACGGUGGUCUUGCUGGGCCAGAGAAUAAUAUCCAUGUUUCGCUGCAGAUCAUCUCGUCCUCCCAGGGGCAAGGAAAUGGCUGCAAUGGAGCUGGCUCAGGUAAGAGAUUAUCAGGGUGGCGGGCUCUGCUUGGAGGUUGAGGAGCAGUAAAUGCAUAAGAGGGUGGGAAUUGCUAGAGGUGGUGGGAAGCAGGAAAUAUCUCGGGUGGAGAAAGGGAGGGGACAGCAUGUGACAAACCUGCUGAGACUUGUGUAGUGUAGGGCGUGAUGGGUUGUCACCCCCAGGAGGCAGUUUGUGGAGCUUCUGGGAACUGCUGUGUCCUCUAACCCUCACGCUGGGCUGGCCCUUCUCACACUGCUUUGCUGGAGA